AGUAUUUUGUCUGGCACAACACCCUGAAACCAUUGUAAACAAAACAUGGUUCACGUUCGGGAUCGCAUUGAUAAGCUUUGUCGUUCCAGUGCCAAUGAUAACCGCUAAUCGAAGCGUUAAGUUGUUCGAACGGUUGGCAUCGUCGCAACAAUAACAAACACAAAAUAGCGCAAAACCCCAAUCAGUUCCAUCCAGAAUGCGGCCGUUGCAAGUUCCGACCUGGUUGCACAUUUCCUACGAAGAGAAGAAAUUGAUUGCGUACCUGGCCGGUAGCGGUACGACCGUCUGCAGCCUGUACCUACUAACGAUGGCCGGUCGUUCGUUGAGCAUUUCCGAUCAAAGUAGUCCAUGCUUUUCCGAGAACAGUGCGUACAAUCUGGAAAUUACACUCGUCGUCAUCCUUUCCAUCAUCUACCUCGUCAUCGUGGCGGCGACUGGUUUCCUUGGCCAUGCACAUAUCGAUUGGAUGCUGUUCGAGGCGGGAACAGGCGAGAGACAGUUUGGUAUAUUUGCUUUCAUCUUUGCAACGUUGGUUCUCACAUUUGCCAGCACAAUCAUUCUGCUGCUGUACCGGGAAAUGAAUUCGGGCAAACGUACGAAAAAGGGUGACUUUGAAGUGUUGUAUAAUGAUGAAAAAUAUUAAGUUAAAAUCCAGGUGGUGAUGGUUUUUGUAAAGAAAAAAGUUCCUUAUUUAAGGGAAUUGAGGAGGUUUUAUCUAGACGAUUAUAUGUGCGUCUUAUUAGUGCAAAAAGUGAAAUAGUUAGUAUUAGAAAAAUAAGUGUUUAGUGUGUGCUAUUACCUAAGUAAAGUGAAGUAUAAAUAUGUAGUUAUUUUAAAAUUUU